GGCUCUCGGGCAUCCCCAGCUCUUCCCGCCGCUGCAGCGGACGCGCGCCCUCCCGAAAGCCUUGGGCUUGAAAGUUCCGGGCACCUUCCGGAGAAGUUCGGCUCUGUCUGAGGGCUUCUGCCUGCCUGCCUGGCGGAGAGCGGACUCUCAGUUUGGCUGUGAACGGGGUCUUAGAGCCUUUCCCCUCCGGCUUCCGUUGGUCUUGAACCCGCUCGGCCCCAUCAUGGUGAUGUUCAAGAAGAUCAAGUCUUUUGAGGUGGUCUUCAACGACCCGGAGAAGGUGUACGGCGGCGGGGAGAAGGUGGCCGGCCGGGUGGUGGUGGAGGUGUGCGAAGUGACUCGGGUCAAAGCCGUGCGGAUCCUGGCGUGCGGGGUGGCCAAGGUCCUGUGGAUGCAAGGCUCCCAGCAGUGCAAGCAGACCCUGGACUACCUGCGCUACGAGGACACGCUCCUCCUGGAGGACCAGCCCACAGGUGAGAACGAGAUGGUGAUCAUGAGACCUGGAAACAAAUACGAGUACAAAUUCGGCUUUGAGCUUCCUCAAGGGCCCCUGGGAACAUCCUUCAAGGGAAAAUACGGUUGUGUAGACUACUGGGUGAAAGCUUUUCUUGAUCGCCCCAGCCAGCCAACGCAAGAGGCAAAGAAACACUUUGAAGUGAUGGAUCUAGUGGAUGUCAAUACCCCUGAUUUAAUGGCACCAGUAUCUGCCAAAAAGGAGAAGAAAGUUUCCUGUAUGUUCAUUCCCGACGGGCGAGUGUCGGUCUCUGCUCGAAUUGACAGGAAAGGAUUUUGUGAAGGUGAUGACAUCUCCAUCCAUGCGGACUUUGAGAAUACUUGUUCCCGAAUUGUGGUCCCCAAAGCAGCCAUCGUGGCCCGACACACUUAUCUUGCCAAUGGCCAGACCAAAGUGCUAACUCAGAAGCUGUCUUCGGUCAGAGGAAACCACAUCAUCUCCGGGACAUGCGCGUCGUGGCGCGGCAAGAGCCUCCGUGUGCAGAAGAUCAGGCCGUCCAUCCUGGGCUGCAACAUCCUCCGCGUCGAGUACUCCUUGCUGAUCUACGUGAGCGUCCCUGGCUCCAAGAAAGUCAUCCUUGACCUGCCCCUCGUGAUUGGCAGCAGGUCAGGUCUGAGCAGCCGGACGUCCAGCAUGGCCAGCCGAACGAGCUCUGAAAUGAGUUGGAUAGAUCUGAACAUCCCAGAUACCCCAGAAGCUCCUCCUUGCUAUAUGGACAUCAUUCCUGAAGAUCACCGGCUGGAGAGCCCCACCACCCCCCUCCUUGAUGAUGUGGAAGGUUCUCAAGACAGCCCUAUCUUUAUGUAUGCCCCUGAGUUCCAGUUCAUGCCCCCACCUACUUACACUGAGGUGGAUCCAUACGUCCUCAACAACAACAACAGCAGCAGCAGCAAUGUGCAGUGAGCAAGUGUGUGGGAGAAAAAGACGCAUCUGUACUCUAUUUCUUUCCGCCUCUGCUUGGCCGCCAAUUCUCUACAGUGGGGAAUGGGCCCACCUCAGCCUCUGACUCCACAAGGGUGGUGAUCAGCAGGUGGCCUCCGGCUUCAGGUGGUGCAGACUCACUCAGCCAGUGCCCGCACUGCGGUAUAGGAGUGUUUGCUGGGUGGAUAUAAGAACACUCUAGAAAAUUCAGACCUGGUCCACUUUCUCAGAUCUUGGAAAUGAAAAUAUUGUUCGUAGUUUUUGAGUCAGGGUAUACAUGACCUGACAUGGUCUUUGAAGGGAAUGAUAGAUUGUUAAAAAAUAAGAGCAAACCAUGACCCUUCUGUGCCAUGGGGGCAGAGAGCAAAUUUCACAUAUUAGAAAAAGGAAAAUCAUGGCCAAAAUUUUGGAAGACCAGUGUUUUUGUUUCGUUUUUCAAAUCAGUGUUCCGUUUUUCUAUCCUUACAAAGAAAAACCUGUGAAUUACAGCCGAGGUGGCUUUCCCCUGGGCUUAGUAGUGGCUGUGCCCACUGACGCCAUCAAAGCCAUUUUACAGCCGGUUGCACUGUGUUCUCUUGUGAACGUAUUAAGAUGGGAGAACCUGUCAUUUCCUUGAGACUCCUUGGAACUGUUUCUAAGGCGAUGUUCUCAGCACUUUAGCUCCUGUCAAUUUUGUUUUAGUCUCAAUUACAGAUGUAAGCUCUGCUAGUCUGUCUCCAAGGGUUAAGCCCCAAGACAGGGAAAGGGGGUUAUUGCUUUUUUUUUGGGGGGGGGUGGUGGUGGUGGUUAGGGGUGGGAACAGGGUCUGUAAGAUCCUUGAGCUCUGUAUAUAGACCAGGCUGGCCUCAGAGAUCCACUCUGCCUCCCGAGUGCUGAGAUUAAAGGCCCAGCUUGGUUGUUACUUCUGAGACUUUCUCCCAGUGUGCAGGAUUCUAGUUCUGACACUAAUCAUCUGAGGGGCCGCUGCUGAUAGCCGUGCCCUGGGUGACACGGCAUGGAGAUGCCCCAAACACUGAUCGAGGCCUCCAGACAUUGCAAUGAGGAUUGCAGGUUUUCACAGAAGCCCCCACCCCCACCGUUUCCUGCCCAGUGGUAGGAGAGAGUACUUCUAAUCGCUUUCACUGCCACCAGCGCUCAAAAAGUCACUCUAAUACCUAGCACUUUGUUCAGUGUCCUGUGUCAGCGCACUAUGCAGACAGAAAGUACGUGAGCUGAUGGUGGGUUCAUUGUUUUUGUAUUUUGUGUAUCUUUUUGUAUGAUGAAAACUAUAUUUUGUACUUAUCCAAAUAUAUAUAUUCACCCCAAGAUGGGGGAUAUUCUUUGUUAAAAAAAUAAAGUUUUUUAAUGGCAAAAA